AUGUGCAAGGCUGAAGAGGCGUGUUCGGAUUCCGACAAGGCUGUCUCGGUCAGUCAUUUACAGCAAGAACGCCAGCUCACAAGUGCCUGUGUGCGGAAGGCGUGGGAUUGCGAGGGAUUCUCCCCGUCACCAGUGUCGCUUAGGCUCGUCAGCCAAGCAGGCCAAGCUUUGGCACACAAGAAAGCCAAGUUUGCGCCGAUCCUUUGUCUAUCAGGGCAAGGAUGCCCUUCCUCGCCCCAAGCACGGGGCCGAACCGCAUGGGUUGCACACCCUCCCCCGAAGCAGCUGGACCCCGUCACUGGCUCAAUCCAGGGCCCUCGUCGCUCUUGCAUCGCUGCUAACACCAACACGGCCCAUGCGGGUACCAUGUCUGCCACUGUUCUCGACUGGUUACAUCAUAUGCGUCGUGGGGCCCAGAAGUACCCGUUUUCCGCGCCGUGUCGCCCGGUGAGCACAUCCUAUCACAACAGCACUACGGGCGAUGGCGCAAUCCGCUAG